AUGGCAGAUUGUAGUGGUGGCCUGCUAGCUGUUGGAAUAAAUGUAGAUAUACAAAGGACCGAUGGUCGGGUGCAUUCAGCCAUUGUGAGUGGCAUUAAUACCACCUCAAAAAGCGUAACGGUAGAGUGGUAUGAGAAAGGAGAAGCCAAAGGAAAAGAGAUAGAGUUCGAAGCUAUCUUUCAGUUGAAUCCAAAUUUAAAAUAUACAGGUCCUCUCACAGAUGAUGUUUGUGGGACUGGCGAUAACAGUCGUAGUCAUUCAGCUAAAGAAAUUCCUGCUCCCUCACAUCGUCCUGCUUCGAAUCAAGCUAAUGAAAUCCACCGGAAUUCAACACCCUUAUCAUAUCCACUACAGCCUUCCUCUGUUCCUGCUGCUGCUGCUGCUCCCGCUGCUACUACCACUACUUCUACUACUACUAGUACCAAUACUACAGUUUCUUCUAAUGUACCGCCUAAAGUCAAUUGUACACAAGUAGACUAUUCCUCGUCGUCUAAUAAUCAAUCACGCUUAAUCCCUCCGUCAACUCGUCUCACUGUAGGAUCCUCUCGUCUGCCAGUUAGUCAUACUGCUAAACGUUCUACAACAAUGGGAGCUUAUGAUGAUCGUCCAACGCAUUCCUUUCGUCCUCAAGCAUCUAUGGAUACAAAUCAAACGUAUAAUGAAGCAUUCCGUCAUAAUACUGCUGCUGGACAUCAUCAACAACAACAACAGCAACGCCCAAUCACUGGAGAACCUAUGGAUGAAGACUUGGUGGAACCAUCUGAACCUACUGUUGUUGUUCGUACAUUAGUUGAUCAAGAUAAUUAUCAGCACUUUUCAAAUAUCCCUCGUGAAACAGAAAGCAGCAUACUGUUAGGUGAAUGGAUGGAUGAAGAGAAUGGUGAUGCAAGUGAAGAUAAUAUUGUUCCAAUCAUAAGUAAUGGAAAUCGUGCUAUCGCUGGUGGUCGUGCACCUUCCAAUAUAGGCGUAUCUAAUGUAAAUAAUACACUGGCUGUAAACAAUACAAUAAUAAAUAAUACUAAUAUCACUGGAGCAACAACUGGGGCAGCAGUAGCAGGUACCGGUGGAAGCGGGACUUUACGCAAGUCGAAUUGUGUUAAAGAAAUUGAACGCAUACAACAAAGACGUGAAGAACGACGUGCUGCACAAAAAGCAGUUCGUGAUCAAAUCGACUUAGAUCCUAGUAAUCCAAGCUAUGAAUUUCAUAUGAUGAUUCAUGAAUACAGAAACACAUUGGAUUAUCGACCGUUAACAAAUACAGAUCCGAUAGAAGAUCAUCAAAUAUGCGUUUGUGUACGGAAACGUCCUAUGAAUAAAAAGGAACUUAGUCGACGUGAAAUUGAUGUGAUAACUGUACCGAAUAAACAGCAUGUUCUUGUACAUGAACCAAAAACUAAAGUUGAUUUAACUAAGUAUUUAGAAAAUCAACAAUUUCGUUUCGAUUAUGCAUUUGAUGAUACAUCAGAUAAUGAACUUGUUUAUCGAUAUACUGCUAAACCUUUAGUAGAAUGUAUAUUCCAACGUGGUAUGGCAACAUGUUUUGCUUAUGGUCAGACUGGCUCAGGUAAAACGCAUACUAUGGGUGGGGAAUUUCAUGCCCGUGGUCAACAGAAUUGUUCAAAUGGCAUUUAUGCAUUAGCAGCUGCUGAUGUUUUCAAUUUAAAUGCCACUGUGUAUAAACAUGAAAAUCUUCGAAUUGAGGCUGCAUUUUUCGAAAUUUACAGUGGGAAGGUUUUCGAUCUGUUGAAUAAGAAGGCAAAACUUCGUGUCCUCGAAGAUGCUAAAGGUCAAGUACAAAUAGUUGGUUUACGUGAAGAAGAAGUGAACUCUGUUGAUUGUGUUUUAAAACUAUUACAACAUGGUGCACACAUACGUACUAGUGGACAGACAUCGGCUAAUCAACAUUCCAGUCGUUCACAUGCCGUUUUUCAACUUAUUUUAAAGAAACAAUCCACUGGGAAAAUCCAUGGUAAAUUUUCACUUAUUGAUUUAGCCGGUAAUGAACGUGGUGUGGAUACAAGUAGUUCAGAUAGGCAUACACGAAUGGAAGGUGCUGAAAUUAACAAGAGUCUUUUAGCCUUAAAAGAGUGUAUUCGUGCACUUGGUCGACGUGGUGCUCAUUUACCUUUUCGUGCAAGUAAACUAACUCAGGUAUUACGUGAUUCAUUUAUUGGUGAUCGUUCACGAACCUGUAUGAUUGCUAUGAUAUCACCUGGUAUGUCGAGUUGUGAACAUACACUAAAUACCCUGCGAUAUGCUGAUAGAGUGAAAGAACUCGGCCCAGGUACACUAUCAGCAAGUAAUAGUAAUACUGAUCUCCCAGCUCCGGGUAAUAAUAAUCAAGCCCAAUUGACAGCUCGCAGUUAUUCGUCUACGAGUGGAGUCGGAGGUGCAGGCACAACUAUUCAAGGGAAUUAUCGAAAUCUCGGAGGUGGUGGUGCAUCAAUCACUGUGACAGGGAAAAAUUCAUAUCCUAGUAAUGGAGCAAAUACUGGUGUUAGUGGUGGUGUAAUGAACUGGCAGAAUAAUGCUACACUAACAAAUAAUCAUGGCAGUCUAUCUGCUGGUGGUGAUGACGACCUGGCUAUGCUUCGAUCAGCAAAUGAAGGUGAAGUUCCCGAGGAAGUUUUUCAUUUUCAUGAAGUUAUUGAUCAUAUUGAACGUAUGGAAGAAGAGAUCUGUGACGAUCAUAAAGCUCUUUGUGAUUCGAUGUCUGAUUGGACUAAAGAGCACUAUUCAUUGUUUAAAAUAUCGAAUCAAGUGGAAUUCGAUGUUGAAGACUAUAGUGCCCGUCUAGAAUAUUUACUAGGCAAACAAAUCAAGAUUUUAUCCUCAUUAAGGGAUAAAGUGACAUUAUGGCGCCGUGAUCUACGUCAAGAAGAGGAGUUGAGCACUAAUUUACAACGAAAUCGUAAAUUAUAA